GAAGUAAAAUUUAAAAAUGGAUACACGUCAAAUGCUGGUUAUAUUUUCUUAUGUGGUUCUCACGCAUAUGACCCUAGGAAACAUUGAUGAGUUCGAUUGUGUUGAUAUAUACAAACAACCCGCUUUUCAACAUCCAUUGUUGAAACACCACAAGAUUCCGGAAAAAUUCACUUCGAAUGAAAGUUUUGAUAGAAAAAAUAAAUAUAAAACAAAUGAUCAAAGUUGUCCAAAAGGAACCGUGGCAAACUUAAGACAAAGAAGUGAAACUGAGAGCCUUCAUCUCGACACAAUCUAUCAAUUCGGCCACCAUUUUGCGUUUAUGGAUGCAUCUUCGUUUGAAACCAUCUAUCGAGGAGCACAAGCUGAUAUAAGUAUUCAUAACCUAACUUUACAAAAUAACCAAUACAGUAAAAGUCAAAUUUGGUUAGAGAAUGGACCUAUUGCCGAACUCAACAGCAUACAAGUUGGCUGGGCGGUACAUCCAAGAGUGUAUGGAGACAGUGCUACACGAUUGACUAUAUAUUGGACCGGAGAUGGCUAUAAGAAAACUGGAUGCUAUAAUACAGAAUGUCCUGGAUUUAUUAUUAUUACUCGAAAACCCUCGAUUGGAAGCAUUUUUAAACAAUCCUCUGUGUAUGGUGACAAGCCAGUAACUUUCACACCACAAGUUGUUCAGGGCUUUUUUGGAAACUGGGCACUGACAGUAGACGACGAAAUAAUUGGAUAUUGGCCCGGAGAGCUAUUUACACACUUGAACAAAGGAGCUUCUCGGGUGCGUUUUGGAGGAAACACAUUUAUAUCUCCAGAUGGGAUUAGUCCUCCAAUGGGAAAUGGUCAUGUUCCGAUCUAUGACUAUGAAAGGAGUUCGAGUUUUCUUCAUGUGAAACUUACGAAUGAUAAGUAUCAGAGCAUCGAAGCUGAAACACAAAUGGGGGUUGCAGAUUCUAAGUGUUUUACACUAAUAAGUCGGGAUUACACCAAUGAGACUGGAAAGUCCUUUUCUUUUGGAGGACCAGGUGGAAGAUGUGGUGUUUGAUUAUUUUAUAUAUGUUCUGACCAAGACUAUCAAAUUUACA